AUGUCGAGUGAAAAAACGGAAAUAAAUAAACCUGAAAAGAGAUAUAAUUUUAGAAAAAGAGGGGAAUUAUACUACGGUCCAGACAGAAAAAAACUGUCAGGGGUAGAAGCACGAUCAAUUCAAAGUAGAAAUAGUUUGCAAAAUUUGGUAUUACGGAAAAAUCAACAAUUCAAAAACGGGGUAAACGAAAGCUUCAAUUUAAUAAAUUUGAAUACACCAUUAAAUGCAACAAAUCCGAAUUUCGAGACAAGAUUAUUUCAAAAAGAAUCAGAAAAAUUAAGAUUCAAACUUGAAGAAGAAAGGAAAAAUAAAGAAAUUUCCGAAUUUGAACAGAAAAUUGAAAUAGAGCGUCUAGAAUCAGAAAAAUCUGAGUUAGAACGCAAAAACAAAGAUUUAAACGAUUUUUGGAGCCAAAAACUUGAAGUGGACCGUCUCGCAAAAGAAAAAUUCGAAAAAAAACAAGAAGUUAAAGUUUUUGGCGAGAACAUUAAGACCAAUUCAAGUUGGCAAAGUUUUGGUUCAUUAGCUAAAUCGUUUUUCGGUAGUAAACAAAGUCAAGAAAUCAAAAAUCAAAUAGAUAAAGAAAUUCUAGAAAAAAUACCAUCGCCGUUAGAAAACGUAACGGAAACGCACGAACCAGAACCAAACAAAUUUACAUUUAAUACCCCAAUAAAAGUUCAUAUUAAUUCACCCACAAUAAAUAUACAUCAUCAUAACGACUCAAUUAUAACCAACGACGACGAUAAUUAUAACAACAGAUUCAGUAAUUAUAUUGCAAGAAACACCAAGUUGCCAGACAGCAGCAGCAGCGACAGCAAGAGCGACGCAUCAAUUGAACAAGAACAAGAAAUAUCGAUAGAAGAAUUGGAAGAACAAUAUUGGGAAGACGAGGUUGCUCAACAAAUUGUGCAAUUACAAAUACUAAUAGCUGGAAUUGAUCUUGAAAAUACAAAGAAUAAAGAAAAAGAAAAAGAAUUAAAUACAAGCCCAGUUACAGUUAAUAAUUUAAAUAAGGGAAGUAAGAACAACGAUAAUAAAAAUACAGAUAAUCUCAAUAUUGAAUCUGAACAAAAAACUCCAAUAAAUAACGCAAUGGCGGACGCAACAGCAAAAAGAGUAGCAGAGAUCCAAGAAACAACUCAUCUUAUGACUCUUAUGAAUAAAUUAUGUAAAAAUAUUUCCAAUUAUACAGAUGAUUUAUUGUCAGAUUCUGAGAAUGUCGUCAAUUUACCAUUGCCAAAAGAUAAUGAAGGUGUACCAAAUGCUGCAAUUUAUGAUGAUGAUGGUGAUGCUGAAACUCUGAAUGAGACUGAAAGUGAGACAGAGUCGGUAACAAAUGUGAGCUCAAAUGAUUCUGAUAGUGUUUCAUCUGAUGAUACAUUCGAUGAUCCAUCUAAUAUUAAUCUUGACGAGUGUAAUACAAAUGACGAUACUGAUUCUGAAUUACUUUUUCCGGGAGCAAGUAUCUCUAUUAAAUAG